GAAAGGUAUCCAAGUGGACAACACAAAGACAAGGAGAAGUUUCUCUGGAACUUAAACAAAUCGGACUAUAUCCUGCUUGUACACUUCUACCGUACGGAUCUUAGAUCGAGACAAGUCUACAACCAUGCCUGUAUCAAGAAUGAGGAUGCGCCCAUGGCUGGAGAAGAUGAUCGAUUCCAACAGCGUCGCCGGACUCAAUUGGGUGGAUAAGGACAAAAAAAUGUUCUCCAUUCCCUGGAAGCAUGCAGCUCGGCAUGGCUGGGAGAUGGACAAGGACGCUUGUCUGUUCAAAGAGUGGGCCAUCCACACAGGGAAAUACAAAGAGGGCCAAGCCUGCGACCCAAAGACAUGGAAGGCCAACUUCCGCUGUGCAAUGAAUUCACUGCCAGACAUCAAGGAGAUGAAAGACAAGAGCGUCAACAAAGGCCACCAAGCAGUACGUGUCUUCAGGAUGCUUCCUUACACCCCAAAACCAAGAGAUAAACGAAGCAAAGUAAAGGAAACAAAACAAAGGAAGAAGCAGGUCAAGAUGGAGGAAGAAGACUUCAGUGAUACUCAGUCCCCCAUGGAUCAGACACGGCUACAAAAUGACAACUCAUCCACUCAGGAAAACACAGUCGACAGCACAGUGGACACAGAGCAGAAAGAUUUCACAUAUGUGCCUUCAGCUGAAGUUCCUGACUGGUCUACAUCAGUGGAGAUCGGGCUUGAGUCCUUUCCAAACAACUUUUGCCACAGAUUUGAAGUUUCACCUGAACACAGCCCCGAGUAUGACAAUAUGAACGACGACAUUAUCAAGAUUUGCCAGCAACUGGAGAAAGAAUCAGACUGGUUUCCAAGCAGUUUAGACGGCAAGGGGUUCCUGAGCAAUGAAGCAUGCACCAGUCCUGGGAGCCAGUGGAGUGAAUCUUCCUCAGUCGACGAACUAGACGACCUGCCGCAGUACACAACUUUGGGCUCAGACUUUAGCACAACUCCAUCAGAUGUCUUCUGGAACAACUUUUACCCACAGACCACCUUUGGGCAUUGAAGGGUCCAGGACAGGACAGGACAGUGCUAACUUUGAACUUUUAAAAGCUCUUCCUGCCCAUCAUCUGAGCCCUUUUUCACUUAAUCACCAACGAUCAUAACUACAGUCGGGAUUGGUGGUGUCCACACUUAAAGCUACAACACCACCCACCCUCCUGCACCACCCCUAUGGGCUUGAUGCUCCGUAGCAAUCUGAAGAGCUUUCCUUGUCUCUCUCACCCUUUGUGUGGACCAAUGAAGAGAAGUGAUUACUGCUGUGUUAAAGGAACUCAAACACUGUUCAUUAUCUAUGUUUUGGCUGGUUCAAGACAUUCUGGUGUUCAGCUUUACUAUCAGGAUGUAUUAUACAGUACAACAAUCUUUUUUCUAUCAGGGCAUUUACAUUACCAUGUGAAGUUGUAAUUAUGAAUACAGACAGGUAGCCAUACAUUUUAAGCUCGUAACUCACAAAUAAAUUCACAUUCAGUGCACUCAGCGUUAGUUAAUGUACAGUUUAGAACAAUUAUCACAUUUUUUCCGUUAAGUGUAUCAGUGAAUUUUAGUUUAAGGUAAAGUAUGCUUUGGUGAAAGCUCUACUUCAAAUUUUCCGGUCUUUUCAAUGGUAAUUCUGUAUAUAUGUAUUUUGUGUGUGUGUGUUUUUUUUUAUAAAAUAAAACAAAAAUAAUUGUGAA